AUGCAUCAACCUACGGUUCAGGACUUCCAAAGUCUCAAACGUAUCCUAAGAUACGUCAAAGGCACCAAGCAUCACGGGCUUCCUAUAAUACCCGGUGAUUCUCAACUUUGCACAUACACUGAUGCAGACUGGGCAUCCGACACCUCUGAUCGAAAAUCAAUCACCGGUCACUUCACAUUCAUGGGUCCAAAUUUAAUAUCUUGGUUCAUCAAGGAACAAGUAACAGUUGCAAAAUCAUCCACCGAAGCAGAAUACAGGGCCUUGUCAGCUGCUACUUCCGAAACAAUCUGGCUUCGCCAUCUUUCCGCUAAAUUGCGACUUGAACAAAACAUACCAACAACCAUAUACUGCGACAAUAUCUCCGCCAUUGCCAUUGCCAAGAAUCCUGUCUUUCACGGUAGGACCAAGCACAUCGAAAUUGACUAA